CCAAUUGGUCGAAGCCUCAGCAAAAUUGUGCGAAAUAUAAAACAUCUUCUCUGUGUCUGCAGUCGAGUCUUUGCUUUCUCUCUUCGCAAUCCAAUCCAAAUGGACAAACUCACACUUGGCUGCCCUAACUCUCUACUCUCGUAACCCUAAUUUUCGAAGAUUUUGACAUUAAUUGAAGUUUUUGCGUGAUCUGUAGUGGUUAAGUGUAGUUUGGAUUGGUGAAUUGGGAGUAAUGUCAGGCUCGGGAGGCUUCGCGGUGUCGCGGACGCCCAGUGGCGACAGGUUAUACAACUCGCCGGCGAUGAGGCGGCAUCAGCAGCUGUUAUUGCAGCAGCAGCAGGAGGUGGAGCAGAGGCGGCACCAGCAGCAGAAGCAGUUGAGGUCGGAGCCGGCGGCGGAGGCCGAGGCGCGGACGGACUCGGACGAUUCGACAUUGUCGAAACCCUCAGUGUGUUCGGCAUCGCCGCCGAGGCCGGUGGCGAAUAUGACAAACAUUGAUCGGCUUGUGGAAUCGGUGACGCCCGUCGUUCCGGCUCAGUACACAUCGGAGGCAAGCAUAAGGGGAUGGAGAACUCGAGAAAUCGAUCACAAUCCAUUCUUCUUCCUUGGGGAUUUGUGGGAAUCUUUCAAAGAGUGGAGUGUAUAUGGGGUGGGAGUGCCUCUAUUGUUGAAUGGAAGUGAUUCUGUUAAACAGUAUUAUGUUCCGUUCUUGUCAGGCAUACAAUUGUACAUAGACCCACGGAAGCCCUUGUCAUGGCUGAGGAGGCCUGGUGAGGAGAGUGAUGCUGAAUCUUCAAGAGAGACAAGUAGUGCUGGAAGCAGUGACUGUGAAGCAGAAAGGCGAGCCAAAGGUGUUGCAGAUGGUGCAUGGAGUCAGCACAAUCCUAUGAAUUUAAACUCACAAAGAAUGAGCAGACUCUCUUUGAGAGAGAAGUCUCAUAUGAGUUCAUCCAGUGAAGAAGCUGAGGUUUGCAACUCACCAGGUCUACUUGUAUUUGAGUAUUUGGAACAGGAACAACCACAUAUUCGCAAACCUUUGGCUGAUAAGAUUUCAGUUCUUGCAGCUCAAUUUCCAGAGAUUGGGAUGUACAGAAGCUGUGAUCUAUUGCCUGCAAGUUGGAUGUCUGUAGCUUGGUAUCCAAUAUAUAGAAUACCUAUGGGCCAAACGCUACGAGAUCUGGAUGCAUCUUUUUUGACCUUCCAUUCAUUAUCAACGCAUUCUAGAAGCAAAGGUCAGACACAGCUUCAUGGUUCGAGUGGUAGGAAGGUUUAUGGUGUUGACUCAUUGCCAAAGAUUUCAUUACCUGUCUUUGGCCUUGCCUCCUAUAAGUUGAAAGGUUCUAUUCUGACUCCUAGUGGAAACGAUGAAUUCCUGCAAGCAAGCUCUCUAUUACAAGAUGCUGGCAAUUGGCUCAAGCGCUUGCAGGUUGAUCUUCCUGACUAUCAGUUCUUUCUUUCCCAUAACUCACAAUGGAGGUGAUGAUGGGGCAGGAAUAUCCUUACAGUGCCUAAUUCUCUUCCAAGUAGGCAGAAAAGCUCUAGGUGUCAGUUUUGGAAUGAAAGUGUCGAUAAACCCAAAGUGCCUCUGGUUACAAACCAUCCUCUCCUCUCCUACCAAACAGCGUGGUUUGAUCUUGUGCGUCGUUGUUCAGCCUUCUGAUCUGUCUAUUUUUGUAAGUUCCUCUGUAAAAACAGUGCCCACAAAGGGAAGGAAGAAAAAUGCCUGUGGAUUUAGUCUGGCUCAGUAAGCAAAAAGGAUGCUGGCGGGUGCCCCAGUUGGACUCAUCACUGCCAUGCAGUAGUUCUCUUGUUGUCAGGCAGGCCCCCCCAGCAGCCAUUAUCAACAGACUAGAGUCUCUACAUGGCCUUGCUUGUUUUGUUGUGUGUAGGGUGGAUGAAGCUGUUUUUUAUCUGGGUGGUAAACCACUGCCUUGUAACCAGUGUUCAGUGAUUUUUGAUGCGAUGCUCGUGAAAAUUUGGAAAAAGGAAAUCCUGUACCCUUAUCUGCACAUAUACACCCAUACCAAUAGUUUUCAGAUCAAGUUCUUUUACCUUUUAAAGGUUAAUACUUAUUAUUUAUUAAUUUAUCAUGGUUAUCUUUUUGUUUCA